AUGGGUAGAUCCGCUGUGAUCAAGAUCGUUUCAGCACUUCUCUCGAGCAUCAUCCACUUCAGUGAUGUUGUUGCCUUAAAUGUGCUCGAUGCGAUUCCACACCAUACCAACAGCCCAAUAUUAAGCUUCCAACAACAGCAAGGAUUAGGGCCAGCCAGCUUGCCACGUAAUUACAGUGAAGUGGCUGGCCAAUGUUAUGGCAACUAUCUGCAAGCCUACAACUUCAGCCUUGAUGCUUCCGGAACGCUUCCGAGCUUCCGCGCCUUCGUUAACACGGUGCGAGAUUCCAAGGAUACUGUGGAAAUUUUAUGCGAGCUGUACAAUGCCACGCACGAUUGCAUCACAACAAACGUUGGAACGUUUUCAACGUAUUUCGGAGUAUUUAUGACGUUAACUGGUGGGGACCAGGAAAAUGCCUUGAUGUACUAUUUGUUCUUCGCAGCGGCUGAGUACAGGUGCCAUGAGAAGGUGAAUAGACCGCACGUGAAAAUUAAGCCUUAUGCAGACCCGUAUCGCCGCUCAGUCAUUCCUUCCCCACUCAUUAGCCGAGAAUAUUUGUUGCCAGUCAAACAUUUGGUAGCUCCGUUUGGAAUGACUACGCUAUUCGAAUCGCUGCACGGUGUGAUCGUUCAGUCUAUCGUCAAUCUUGCGGAAGAGGUUUUGGCGAAGCAAUGUGCAGCAUCUGGAUGUAUUUGGCAUAUCAUUCACAAGACUCCUCAGACUGCUUAA